AUGCGUAAAAUGUAUGAACAAAUGCUGGAAAAAAGUAUACUUGUCACCGCUGGUGAUAGUCACUGCUGGGCAAAAUUAACAAAGUUAGAGUCAGGGAAUUUUGUAAAUUUACCUAGUGGUGACAAUCCUCACUGGGACAAAUAG